CAGGACGACGCUGAAAGACUUGCAAGAGAACGGCUGGCCGCUGAGGAAGCCAAGGAGGCCCUUCUGAAACAGUCACAAGACCAGCAGAAGAAUCAGGAGCACUUGGCUGCAGAACUGGCUGAGCUGACGAGCGCCAUCAGUCAUCUAGAACUGGCCAGAAAGAAAAAAGAAAAUGAAGCCGAGCAAUGGCAACAGAAGGCCCAGAAUGUGCAGCUUGAUCUGGAGAAGACCAAAGAAGAGCUGAAGAUGGUAAUGAGCACUCCCCACGUUCAGGAGCCGGUACAUGCGGAGAACGAACAUGAUGACGAGCAGGAUGAGAACGGAGCGGAGGCCAGCGCUGAACUGAAAGCGGAGGCCAUGAUCAAGGAUAGAAGUGAGGAGGAUCGCACCACAGAGGCAGAGAAGAAUGAAAGGGUCCAGAAACACCUCCAGCUCUUGAGCUCAGAACUAGCCAACGCCAGAGAUGACACCAAGAAAACUGCCAAUGACCUACUGCACGCCGAAAAUGUGCGCGUCGGCAGGGACAAGUACAAGACGCUCCGCCAGAUCCGCCAAGGCAACACCAAGCAGCGCAUAGACGAAUUUGAGGCCUUGUAA